AUGGGACCAAAAGCUCAAGCCAAAACUCCAAGGGGAGAAGCUGUUGAGGAUUGCCCGGAUGAGGGUGCAGCAGGAGAGUCCAGAAUCCUGAGGCCAAGGGAGGCGCACCAGGGGCCUCCAGAAAUGGAUUCCAUUAACAGCAUGUUGCAGCAAUGUCUUCACUUUCAGCAUGACCUGAGUGAAAGGUGGGAAAAAGAGACAAUUAAACAGGACAUGAGGUGGCGCCAAAUGCAGAUACAAGUCAACAGCAUCAGAGAUGAACUGGAGCAGCAGCAGAGGGGAGAAAGCUAUCCUCAGCAGAGCAUGCCAGGGGCACAGCACGAGGUGGAGGAGCAGGGGGCCCAACCCAGCACCCGCA